AUGCUAAAAAUCAUUAUCCCAACCGCUAUACUACUACCUCUCACCUUCCUCUCCCCACGUAAAUAUCUCUGAACCAACACCACCCUAUACAGCCUAUUAAUUGCCUUCAUCAGCCUCCAAUGACUUACGCCUACGUACUACCCAAGCAAAAGCCUGACCCCCUGAACUUCUAUCGACCAAAUCUCCUCCCCCUUAUUAGUCCUCUCCUGCUGACUCCUCCCCCUUAUAAUCAUAGCAAGCCAAAACCACCUAGAACCAGAACCUACUAUCCGCAAACGAAUCUUCGCUACAACGAUCAUUCUAGCCCAACUAUCCAUCCUGUUAGCCUUCUCGGCCUCAGAACUGAUACUCUUCUACAUUGCAUUCGAAGCCACCCUAAUCCCAACCCUCAUCCUCAUCACCCGAUGAGGCAGCCAACCAGAACGCUUAAAUGCUGGCAUCUAUCUCCUAUUUUACACCCUUGCCAGCUCACUACCUCUGCUAAUCGCCAUCUUACACCUACAAAACCAUAUAGGCACACUAUACUUCCCAAUACUUAAACUCUCACACCCCCCACUAAACACCUCUUGAUCAGGACUGAUUGCAAGCCUAGCCUUACUCCUAGCUUUCAUGGUCAAAGCCCCACUAUACGGCUUACACCUAUGACUACCUAAAGCCCACGUAGAAGCCCCUAUUGCUGGUUCCAUACUUCUAGCUGCCCUACUGCUUAAACUCGGAGGGUACGGAAUCAUACGAGUCACUAUCCUAGUAAACCCAACAUUAAACAACCUUCACUACCCCUUUAUUACCCUCGCCCUAUGAGGUGCAUUAAUAACUAGCGCCAUCUGCCUACGACAAAUUGACCUAAAAUCACUAAUUGCCUACUCAUCCGUCAGCCACAUAGGCCUAGUAGUAGCCGCAACCAUAAUCCAAACCCAAUGAGCAUUCUCAGGAGCAAUAAUCUUGAUAAUCUCACACGGCCUCACAUCAUCAAUAUUAUUCUGUCUGGCCAAUACCAACUAUGAACGCACUCACAGCCGAAUUCUAUUACUAACACGAGGACUUCAGCCUAUACUACCCCUAAUAGCUAUCUGAUGACUUCUAGCUAACCUCACAAACAUAGCCCUUCCCCCAACAACAAACCUCAUAGCAGAACUAACCAUUGUAGUCGCACUUUUCAACUGAUCUGCCUUCACAAUCAUCCUGACAGGAACCGCAAUCCUGCUUACCGCCUCAUACACGCUAUACAUACUCAUAAUAACACAACGAGGCCCACUCCCAUCCCACAUUACAUCAAUCCAAAACUCCUCCACACGAGAACACCUCCUCAUAGCCUGCCACAUAAUCCCAAUGUUCCUGCUCAUCCUCAAACCCGAACUAAUCUCAGGCAUCCCUAUAU